CCACGCCGUUGAGGAGCACGGCUUGGCGUGCAAUUGAUUGUACGGCUCGGACUCGGAAACGUGGUCCAGAUCAACCAACGUGCAGCUGUCACACCCAACUGCACCGAGUGCGCCUCGCAAUUGCACCCUCGUCGUGGUCGUGGUUUCCACGCGCAAGUGAAGUGGAUGCCCGGCUCGCUUGCCAAGGAGCUAGCAUAGAGCCUCAGUGAGCAGUUCAGGCACAAGCCAACAUCUGGACGAACCACCAACAUCCACCAUGCCGGGAAGACAGACGCAGCAACCCGUGAACGAGGCGCUCUGCCGGAGAUGUCAGACCCUCGAGCCAGCCAUCGUGGUCCGCAACGAACCCCUCUGCAGAUCUUGUUUCGGCAGGUAUGUGCAGACCAAGGUGGUCAAGCGCAUGGAGAGCUUUCGCGUGCGCAAUUCCGAGCCUGGUAACGAGCAAAAAUUGCUGCUACCACUGUCCUUCGACGCUGGCUCGCUCGCGCUGCUCCACAUCCUGAGUCAACAUCUCCAGACGCAAAUCGUAAAGACCGGUCGUCCUGGCUACAAGCUCUGCGUCUUGCAAAUUGAUGAUGGGCCAGGUGAUGCCACUACCGACUCGUCACUCGCUACGGUGAAGGCUAGGUAUCCAGAGCACGAGUAUCACGCAAUCCCGAGGACGAAAAUUCUUGAGCUUGAUCACAUCGCAGCGCUACUGCCAGAGCCACACCAGGAUCAAUCACAGGUUAGAGAUGAAGAGAAUCUGGCACAACUCUUCGCGUCAGCCAAGUCUGCAAGCUCGCAACAGGAUCUUAAGCAAAUCCUCGAUCGCAGACUGAUCGUCCACGAAGCGAAAGAACAUAGGUGUCAAGCUGUGCUCUGGAGCUACAGCACUACCAAGCUAGCGGAGCAGAUCCUCGCGGAGACAGCCAAAGCUCGAGGCUUCGCGCUUCCCUGGGUCAUCAACGAUGGCGAAUCGCCUCACGGCGUUGCCUUCUACUUCCCGCUUCGCGAAGUUCUGAACAAGGAGAUUGAUGCGUAUUUGACCUAUUUAGACCCUCCGCUGGACGGACUGGUCGUUAAAUCUGCCAGACCGGCAGUGAGCACGAAGAACACCACUAUUGACGAUCUCAUGGCGCAGUAUUUUGAGAAUGUGGAGCAAGAAUACCCUUCCAUUGUCGCCAAUGUCGUGCGAACGACAGGGAAAUUACAGCCGACCGCACUCGCGCAGGUCGAACAGCAGUGCGAGCUCUGCAAUAUGCCGCUGGAAGGUCAAGCUCCCGCACGAAGCAGACUCUGCUACGGAUGUAUUAGGACUCUGCCGCAGGCUAGUGAGUAGAGCUUGCAAAAGCCAGCUGAUCAUAGAUCAACCCCUCCGAUCCUACGCGAGAUUCGCACGUCUCCAUUGCGGAAUUGCACAAAUGGCGAGGGUAUGCAAUCGAUCACUGCUACAGCUUCGUACCCCAGCUAUGGUGGGUAUACUUUCAAUCCUCCUCU